CCAGCCUCCAGGAGAGGGACCCCUGCUCCGCGCCACUGGGCAAGUGCUUGUCCUGCGUGACAGCGCCGCGCCGUGAGUGUGAAGGCAGAAGCAGAAAGCAGAAGGAGUGGCUGGAAGAAGCAGGGAAAAGCCAAGUUCCCCCCACCGGUUGGGCCGCUCGAGGAGGAAGAGCCAGGCACAGGGACCCACCGGGGGAACCCCCGGUCCCGGAAGGCGUGCGGCAGGCGGGGUCUCGCUCUGCCGCCUCCACGGCGGGCGGCUCUGCGGCGCCCAGCGCAGCUGCGCAGCGCAGGCGGCCCGGGCCCGCCCCGUCUAGGGCGCGGACACCCGGCUGGUCUGCGAGGUGCGCACCGCGCGUUCCCCGGGCGCAGAGAGACGGCUCCGAAGGGCGGAGGAGCCGCGCCCCACUGCACUGCGGCGGCUGCACAGCGGACCUCUCGGAGGCUGCCCAGCCCGGCAGGGGGCGACGGCGGCGGGCGGGCAGACGGCUUUGUGCGGUGGGCGCUGUUGCCCGGGCGACGGUGCAGCCCCUCCCCGCCCGGCCCGGCUCCGCCCCUCGCGCCACCGCGCCCCGGUCUCCGCGCCGCCGCCCGCCCAGCCGCAGUCUGCAGGAGCCGCCGCCGCAGCCGGCCGCCGGGCGGCAGUGCGAGGCAGUCGCCGGCCGCGAAGCUCGGCCCUCCCCGCCGGUGCGCCUCGCCGCCUCGGUCCGGGGGCCGGGGCCCGCUGACCAGCCCGCCCUCCGGCUUCCAGCCGACGCUCCCCGGCCGCCGCAGGGACCCUCCCACCGGACGCGGCCGGGCCGCCCGUCCGCCUGUUCGACCGCUGCCGCUGAUGCCAGCUGGCGGAAGGCUGGUAUGGAAGGCGAUGGCUCAGCCCCGCUGGUUGCCAUUAAGAAUAUCGAAAGAGAGCUCAUUUGUCCUGCAUGCAAGGAGCUGUUUACCCAUCCGUUGAUUCUCCCUUGUCAACAUAGUAUCUGUCAUAAAUGUGUAAAAGAACUCUUACUGACACUUGAUGACUCAUUCAAUGACGUGGGAUCAGACAACUCCAAUCAGAGCAGUCCUCGACUUUGGCUGCCCUCCCCUAGCAUGGAUAAAAUUGACAGAAUUAACAGACCAGCAUCCCAGCGGAGGUCUUUGGGGUGGAGAGGCUGGAAACGCAAUUCCUUGACCCCUAGAACAACUGUUUUUCCUUGCCCUGGCUGUGAGCACGGUGUGGAUCUUGGAGAGCGAGGAAUCAAUGGCCUAUUCCGAAAUUUCACUUUGGAAACUAUCGUUGAAAGAUACCGGCAGGCAGCCAGGGCAGCCACGGCCAUUAUGUGUGAUCUUUGUAAACCGCCACCUCAAGAAUCCACAAAAAGUUGCAUGGACUGUAGUGCAAGCUAUUGCAAUGAGUGCUUCAAAAUUUAUCAUCCCUGGGGAACUAUAAAAGCUCAGCAUGAGUAUGUGGGCCCAACCACUAAUUUUAGACCCAAGGUUUUAAUGUGCCCAGAACAUGAAACAGAGAGAAUAAACAUGUACUGUGAAUUAUGUAGGAGACCGGUUUGUCAUCUCUGUAAGUUGGGUGGUAAUCAUGCCAAUCACCGUGUGACCACUAUGAGCAGUGCCUACAAAACCUUAAAGGAAAAGCUUUCAAAGGAUAUUGAUUACCUUAUUGGCAAGGAGAGCCAGGUGAAGAGUCAAAUUUCUGAACUAAAUUUGUUAAUGAAAGAAACGGAGCGUAAUGGAGAGAGGGCUAAAGAAGAGGCAGUUACACAUUUUGAAGAGCUCUUUGAAAUUCUGGAAGAGAAAAAAUCAUCUGUUUUGAAAGCAAUCGAUGCAUCUAAGAAACUAAGAUUAGACAAAUUCCAGAUUCAAAUGGAAGAAUAUCAGGGGCUUCUAGAGAACAAUGGACUUGUGGGAUACGCUCAGGAAGUGCUUAAGGAGACGGACCAGCCCUGCUUUGUACAGACUGCAAAACAGCUCCACUCCAGAAUACAGAAAGCGACGGAAUCCUUGAAGAGCUUUAGACCUGCGGCCCAGACUUCUUUUGAAGACUAUGUUGUUAAUACGGCUAAGCAAACAGAACUUCUGGGAGAAUUGUCCUUUUUCUCCAGCGGAAUAGAUGUGCCAGAGAUCAAUGAGGAACAGAGCAAAGUCUAUAACAGUGCUUUGAUAAACUGGCACCAUCCAGAGAAGGAUAAAGCUGAUAGCUAUGUCCUUGAAUAUCGGAAGAUUAACAGAGAUGAUGAAAUGCUGUCUUGGAAUGAGGUAGAAGUGUGUGGGACAAGUAAAGUUAUUUCAGAUCUCGAGAGCAACUGUAACUAUGCUUUCAGAGUAAGAGCCUACAAGGGCUCAAUCUGUAGUCCUUCCAGCAAGGAAUUGAUUCUUCAUACGCCUCCAGCUCCAGUUUUCAGUUUCCUCUUUGAUGAGAAAUGUGGAUAUAAUAAUGAACACCUCUUGCUGAACUUGAAGAGAGACCGUGUGGAGAGUAGGGCUGGAUUCAGUCUUCUGCUCGCGGCCGAACGUAUCCAAGUGGGUUAUUACACAAGCUUAGACUACAUCGUUGGAGAUGUUGGGAUCACAAAAGGGAAACAUUUUUGGGCAUUCCAAGUAGAACCGUAUUCUUACCUGGUAAAAGCAGGAGUUGCUUCCAGUGAUAAACUGCAAGAAUGGCUCCGUUCUCCCCGGGAUGCAGUGAGUCCAAGGUAUGAGCAAGACAGCGGGCAUGACAGCGGAAGUGAAGAUGCCGGUUUUGAUUCUUCACAGCCCUUUACGUUAGUUACCAUAGGCAUGAAGAAAUUUUUUAUACCCAAGUCACCUAAUUCUUCUAAAGAACCAGAAAAUAGAGUUCUUCCUAUGCCAACAAGUAUAGGGGUUUUCCUUGACUGUGAUAAAGGCAAAGUGAGUUUCUAUGACACGGAUCACAUGAAAUGCCUCUAUGAGCGCCAGGUGGACUGCUCGCACACAAUGUAUCCCGCUUUCGCCUUAAUGGGCAGUGGGGGAAUUCAACUUGAAGAGCCCAUCACAGCAAAAUACCUACAAUACCAAGAGAACCUGUAGUUUAAGCAUCUGAUGUGAUUUAGGAUGAAAAAUGUGAGCAAGGUUAAUGCCUUCAUGUUAACUUUCGUAACUAAUUACAUACCAUCUACAUAUCGUGUCGCUGGGCUUGUUUUUUGUGUAUGUGUCUUCUUAAAACAGAACUUAAAACAGUCGUGUUGCCCCCAUGUCAUUGUUCUGCCUUUGAAACUGUAGGAGUAAAGACACUCUCCUAAGCAACUCUGAAAUGGUUAACUUUACAACUGGAUUGUCUUUCUCUUUUUAGGAACAGGAAGUCUAAUUUCUCUAUGUCGGCUGGUAUUGCUGCUACUUAAAUUCCUUUUCUUCAAGUGCGGAGGGGAUACAAAAAUAUUUAUUAUGCUGCUUUUGUGUUUGAUUUUUCAUUUUGAUAUCAUGGUUAUGUCCUAAGAGAAGAUAAAAAGGCCAGUAUAUUUACGUGGAAAAUUAUCUAUUUUAAGGUGUAUAAUUAAUAUGAAGAGUGAAUCGCCUGGAAAAUAAAUACUGUUUUUUUUUUUUUUCCCAAGACCACAAAUUGUAUUCUUGAGGACAUUUUUAAGAGUUCCCUCAGGUAUAAUGUCUACAUGCAUGUGUAGCAAACAUGGUUUCUUGCAGGAAACAAAAAGUUCUUGGCUAACACAUGAUGAAACUUUCCAUUCUAUGUAAUUUUUUGCAGAAAAAUUAUCUUCAAUUUUUCUUACUCUAUGAAAAUAUUUAUGCUUAUAUCAAGUAACUAUUUUUCACAAAUAUUAGUGAAGAUACACUGAUAUUUGAUAUGUUUGUUCUUUUUGCCCUCUUAUUUAUUGUGUCUUAUGAUUUUCAUUUUUUGGCACAAAUAUUACAUAUCAGAUUAUCUUGGUUACGUUUACAUGUUUGAAAAGUUGAUAUAUUUUUAGUGUCGUUAAAUAUAUCAAACUGUGAAGUAACUGAUUGUAUGACAUUUUCUAUGGUGCAUUGUUUAAUAAUAAUCAUUGUAAUAUAAACAAGUAAAAAUACUAUUUUAAUUGUUCAGGAAUGAUAGUAAAACCAUAAUGACUGUUUACCCCUUUAAAAGUUAAAAAUUCUUUAAGAAUUACAUUUCAUUGAAAUUUUACAUUCACUUCUGAAAGAUGUUCUUUCUUGGUUUUUAACUGCUUAUUGUUUUGAAGUUAAAAUGCUCAGAAACUACAGUUAUUACACUUUAUAACCAAUCAUUUUGAAAUGCUUUUUCAUAUUUUAAUAGAUUAAUCAAAACUGUUAGGUUUGUUUCCAUUGUUUUUUGUUAUUUAUUUUUUAAUGGAAAUUUGUUUUCAGGCUAAUAGCCCUUAACUAGCCCUCCCCUCUUCCCUCCCCUAACCCAGUAGGACUGUCAUGGAAGAUUUCAGUGGUAGGUAGGCUUUGUUACUCUCCCACCUAUGAAUAGCACUUUUUGACUUAGGCUGAACCCAAUAUGCAGUGUUAUGUGGAUCAUUGUGCAAUAAAGUUGCUGAUGUCA